GCAUAUAAUUAGUACAUCAGAUGUUUGGCAUUCAAGAUAAAGGGAACUGAAAAUAGGAAGAAGAACUAGAGGUUGAAGUCAUUUGUAAAGGUCGUGGCUUUAAAUCUGACUGCUGCUGUGUAUUGACGCAUUCUAUGGAAGAAAAGUGAUACCAAAUAUAUAUACUGUUAUCAUGUACUCAUCUUGCAGAUCCACAUUUAAAGAGUUCCAUGAAUUGUCCUCUCCAUAUAGAAAUUUAAAUGACAAUUAUGUCUCCAACAAGCGGAGCUCAAGUGGGCUUAUGACAUUUCUACUGAUAAUGGCAACUUUGACCAUCCUGGGUGGCUUACUUGCCAUCGCUUUAUUAGAAAAGAUGAAAAAUGAAGAAAAGAUCAAUGAAGUUGUAAAUCCAAAUGGUCAGCCAGUACAAAAUGGUGGUCAAAGUUAUGGUGUUGAGAAGAGCAGGAUUGUUCUUGUUGAAAGUAUUCCCUGCUGGAUGGACUAUGGGACCAAUGCUACUUUCGGAAUACCUUUGUACAAGGCCUGGAAAGAUCUUGUCUCUAUUGCAACCAGGCAAAUUGAUGUUGCAUCAUUCUAUUGGUCUCUUACUGGUGAGGACAUCGGUGUUAACUCCUCCACUGAUCAACCUGGUAGAGAAAUUCUAGAGGAAUUCAAAGCACUGCCAAAGAGAAAUGUGUCUGUGAGAGUUGUGACCAGUAUCCCCUCUCUAGCGACAAAUUCAACAGACUUGCAAGCUCUGAGAGAAAAUGGAGUACAGGUAAGAAGAGUGAACUUUGGCCAUUUGACCAGGGGAGUUCUCCACAGUAAGUUUUGGGUUGUGGACGGGAGACAUAUCUAUAUUGGCAGUGCUAACAUGGACUGGAGAGCUUUAACCCAGGUCAAGGAAAUUGGAGUGGUGCUUUACAACUGCACCAGUCUGGCUGCUGACCUACAUAAGAUCUUCCAGUCAUACUGGGUUAUGGGCCAGCACAAUGCAACAAUCCCACAACCUUGGCCCCCCUACUAUGACACCUCCAUCAAUAAAGAGCAGCCGCUUCACGUGAACCUGAGUGGUGUGCCCAGUAGAGUUUACAUCUCGGGUUCCCCACCUCAAUUCUGUCCGGACUCCCGCACCAAGGACCUGGAUGCUAUUCUGUCAGCAGUCAGCCAGGCAGAGCAGUUCAUUCAUGUAGCGGUUAUGGAGUAUUAUCCUGCUUCCAAGUUCUUGUACCACCACAGGUAUUGGCCAGUUAUUGAAAAUGCACUAAAACAAGCAGCAUAUGAGAAGAAUGUUGCAGUACGUCUGCUGGUCAGCUGUGGCCGUGAGAGUGACCCCUCUGUACUGCCCUUUCUCAAGUCACUAAAUGCCCUAGACUCCCCAUCUAAUAAUAUAAGCAUAGAAGUGAGACUCCAUAUUGUCCCAGUAGCAAACCAGACAGACAUCCCCUAUGCCAGAAUUAACCACAAUAAAUACAUGGUCACAGAUAAACUGGCAUACAUAGGGACCUCUAAUUGGUCUGCUGACUACUUCAACACCACUGCUGGAGUAGGACUGGUGGUUUCCCAGGAUGCUUUAUAUUCCUCAUCACUUGAAGACACAUUAGUGGGUCAGCUGAGUGCUGUAUUUGACCGAGACUGGGGCUCAGAGUUUGCAGUGCCACUUGAAAAAUUGCACCAUAACCCUGACUGUGCUUUCUUACUAUCAUAAAAAAGAGCAACUCACUUCAUAUAUUAAGGAGUCACUUUAUUAAAUUAUGUGAAAAGAUGAAUGAAAUUUUAAGGAAAUUUUAAAUGUUUCACAUUUUAUGCUGUUUGUUAUGCUAUGGCUCUGCAAUAUAUUCUGUGCAUCUUUGUUCCUUUAACAUUUCCUUUUAACAUUUUAAAAUAAUAUUUAGUUGCAUAUAAAUGUUAACUAACUUUAACCAUAGAUAAAAGGAAGUGAUAAUCAGAGGUCUAUAAAACAAAAUGAGCCAAGCUGUCAGCUUUGACUAGCGUGACUAUCCAAAAAAUAAUGAAACAAAGAAUCGCAUUUUGUAUGUAUCUUGGCAAACUCCAAAGAUUUGUUUCUUUUUAUUCUUCAUUCUUAGUACUAAUCAUCAUUCC